AUGGGCGCGAAGAAUACAGCAGCCAUGCAGCCUGGAGAGAGAAUCAUUAUACAUACACCCGGUGGUGGUGGCUGGGGGAAGAAGGGCGAGCAGAGUCAGUUAGUAGACAAAGUGGACCCGAGGGGCGCGUGGAAGGGUGGGAGUAUCGCGGGACGACAGAGUACAGCGGAGGCCAGUGUGUGA